UCACAGCCCCUCCGCAGACGGAGAUGAUUGAGCACGCAAGCGGCCGUCUUUUGUCAUCAUCAUCCAUUCUCUCCUCUCCACCUCGAACUCCACUGUAGACCAUAGCAGAUUAACCUUGGGAACAUUCGCAACCAUGCUUGUAAGAGCGGAUACGAAUAAGACACUCAAGGGACACAAACUCCUGAUCAUCGCGCCGUGGCAAGCGCCGGUCGGAUUUUUGGAGAAGUUAGCGGCCGCGUUCCCUGAUCUGCAGGUCGUUUACCAUGUUCACAGCCUGGCGACGACACCGCUGUCGACAGAUGCAAUACCGGACCAGACGUGGCGGGACGUGACCAUUCUCCUCACAUUCAACACCCUCCCGACCCCCGAGCAGGCGCCGAAAUUGCAAUAUGUGCAGCUGAUGAGCGCCGGGGCAAACCACGUGUUGGACAAGCCCGUGUUCAAGGAUACCGAAGUGGUAUUUUGUACUGCCAACGGCGUGCAUGGCCCUCAGAUAUCGGAGUGGAUCAUUAGCACCUACCUUGCGUUUGAGCAUCACCUCCCCAGCUACCUCGAGCACCAGAAAGAGGGCCGCUGGAAUAGGGACGCUAUGAGCGCCAUUGAAGAUGCGGCAGACAAAACAAUCGGCAUUCUAGGCUACGGCAGCAUCGGCCGGCAGACGGCCCGCGUCGCGUCGGCCAUGGGCAUGAAGGUCCACGCAUACACGCUCCACCCGCGGCCGACUCCGGAGUCCCGGCGGGACCGCGGCUGGACGCCGCCGGGGCUGGGCGACCCGGACGGCAGCAUUCCGUCCAGGUGGUUCUCGGGCGGCACGGCGGCGGAGCUGCACGCCUUCCUGGGCUCGGGGCUCGACCUGCUCGUGAUCGCGACGCCGCUGACGGGCCGCACGCGCCACCUGCUCUCGACGGACGAGUUUGACGUGCUUGCGGGUGGUGAAAGCAGCGAUGGCGGGAGCAGCAGCAGCGGCAAGACCGAAUCCGAAGAGGGAGGAAGAGGAGGAGGAGGAGGAGACGGGCAGACGAGGAAGGAGGGAGGGCGUCCAGCACGACGCGGGCGGACGUUCGUAUCCAACAUUGCGCGCGGGCCGGUAGUGGACACGGACGCGCUGCUGCGGGCGCUCGAGACGGGCCAGAUCCGCGGCGCCGCGCUCGACGUCACCGACCCGGAGCCGCUCCCCGACGGGCACCCGCUCUGGGCGGCGCCCAACGUCAUCGUCACGCCCCACGUGUCGGGGGCCUCGACGCGUUACUCGGAGCGGGUACUGGCCAUCCUGGAGGUGAACCUCCACCGGCUGGCCGAGGGCGGCGAGCUGGUCAAUCGGGUCGAUCGCCGGGAGGGCUAUUGAGAAAAAGUUGACGAUGGUCCGACUCCGACUCCGUAGCUGCCAUGACGGCGUGGUAUUAGUUUACUCUUUUCUUUUUCCGAGUCGAUGUUAUGAACUGGCCCAAGGGAAGUUUUGCCAUGGGCAGACUGCGCUAUUGUGGACUCGGCAGCAGUUGAUGCUAGUGCUGGAGCGGUGGAUUGAAGAUGCGGGAAAGUUUUUACAUUCGUUGACAAAAUCACAUGUUUGGCAUGUGUGAUGAUGAUGCCUUUUGGC